AUGACGGCCAUUACGCCCCAGGUCGCCGUGGUUGAUUUCCACCAUGCUCGCGGCCCCGAAGUCGAGUUCUGGGUGGACGAUGAAGGCGAACAGCUGGCGCAACGCAACGACUGGUCCUUGUUGCCCUUUAUGGCUCUGUCGGACGGGGCGCACGCCAUGACCGAGGAGUUUUCCUACUUUACCCUGCUGCACGGCGGCGGCAAAAGCGCGACCGCCCGUACCCCCGGCGUCCCAGCCAGAACGAGCCUGUUUGGCAUCGCAUGCACCCGCCAGGUCAGGGCGGACCGGCUGAAGCGGCGGUCGGCAGACGUGACGCGCUCCACGGUGCAGAAGGCCGUCGUGGUCAUUUCGCCCACCGCCCGAGGCUUAGGUGAGCUGAGACAGCGACUCGGAGCGGUCACAGCUGCGUGGUUUGCACAAGAGGAUUUCUCCGACACCACGAUCUUGAAGGAGUUUCAUGCGAGCCUUGCCCGAUCGCCGGCCGUGCAUGAGGAAGGCAAGGAUCAUUACUUUGGCCUCUCGUUGAGAGAGUUGAUCUACGAAUUUCGACAUCACACAUUGGCGCUGGUCAAGUGUCUCUUGCUGCAACGGAAGAUGCUCUUCUACGGCUCGAGAUGCGAAAGACUGUGCAUGACGCAGUUUGCCCUCAUCUCCCUCAUUCCCGGCCUCGUGAAGAACCUUCAGGACGCUGCGGAUCCAAGCCUUGACACCUACGCCCAGACGGCCACGAGAGCGACGGCAUUGAGGACCAGUGAGAGGGGUUCAUUGCUUGCAUAUAUGGGGUUGCCUCUACAGAUAUUUGGCCGGGGCUCAUUCUUCGGCCCAUAUACACCCCUCCAGCAACUCGAUAUCCUUGCUGACUACGACACCAAAUCAUACGUGGUCGGGUCGACAAACAGCCUGCUACUACAGCACAAAGAGCGGUAUAGCGACAUCCUGAUCAACCUGGACGAAUCCAACAGCAUCACCGUCACGUCACCGUCUCUGCGCAGCGCCCUGGUUUUGUCUCCUGCGGACAGGCGAUGGAUGGACCAGCUCAGUCAGACGGUGCUGGACACCUGGGACCCGGAGAACCCGUCACGACCCAAGAACAUGGGCUACGCGGGGUCCGAGGACGCGAUCCGACUCCAAUUUGAAGAAUAUCUUCUCUCGCUGCUCUCCAGCAUGGCGUAUCAAGUUUACCACGAGUCCCAGCCCGAGGCGGCAGUCCCGGCGUCUGUCGCUAACACAGAGCAGUACCCAGAUCCCGGCGACACUGCGGCCGACUUCAACCCGGAGUUUCUGGCCAUGUGGCGGGCGACGCACAACUUUGCCCUCUUCGACCGGCUAACACGCGACAACCGGAUCUUCGACAUGAUCGAGCCCCGCCACCCGACUGCAGGCGGCUUGAGCGUCGAGGACGUCCAGCGCCGGCUGCAGCAAAGCGUAGCCGAUUUACAUCUCGACGAGCGCGUGCGCGGGGGCCGCGAGCAGCUCGGCAAGACCUUCGCCGUCGGCCGUGAGCGAGUCGGGGCCGGCGUCGCGCGCUUCUGGGCAGAGGUCGAAAAGGCCCGCGAGCAGCGGCAGGCCAAGCGGCAAAGCCGGAGUCCAAGCACUGGUCACGCAAGGCUCAGUAACGACGUCGAGAGGGAGGAGGAUGCUGGUUCUGUGCAGCCACCGGCGGCAGCAACGUCCACAAUCACAUCAACACCCACAACGCAGACGACUUCUCAUCAGCUAGCCACGGCCACGGACACUCCGCCGUUGUCGCCGUCGUCACCUAUCAAGGCCUCAGGGGCCGGGCCCGGGUGGGCUGCCUCUCUCCGGGACCGCACGUCGCGCUCGCAGUGGCAGAAACCUACGGUCGACACGGCCCAGCUGCAGGCAGCGGCGCGCGAGAACGCCGCCAAGGCCGGUGCGUAUCUGAGUAGCUGGGGAUCAUGGGCAAAGGAGCGAGUCCAGCAGGGAAGAGGAGGAGAAGCAGGCGGUGGUGGUGGAGGACCAGCGCUGGCAGCUGGCCCAGAUUCGGACUCACUCAGCGAUGCCGGCACAGGCAGAGGAAGCACUGCCAGAGAAGCAGGCCGGUAA